AUGGGCAAGGAGAAGUCUGAAGAUAAGGGUUCCAAACCAUCAAGGUUACCAGACCCCCUCAAGCUUCGCAGCGGUGUCAUAUUUGCGACUAUACCCAGUCUCCUGAUUAUUGGACUAUGGGCCGGAGCAGUUACAUAUGUCCAUCUCCAUCAUUACAACCUUCAAGUAGAUGAAGGAUUAGUUCCUGUGCUUGGUAUCAUAGCCAGCAUCGCCAUAGCUUUCAAGCUAUAUGUAAGCUACCAACGCUACCAAGACGCACGAAACCAAUGGUCUCGCCUUAGAAUCAGUGUUCGCAAUUUGGCUCGUCUAAUAUGGUGCAAUGUUCCAGACGGACCUCGCCCGCGUCAAAAAGUGCCUCCGCCGACGCAAAUACAGGUAGAACAAAAGUUGCGUGAGGAUUUGCUUUCCAAGGCUUCUGCUAUUAGGUUGCUAGUGGGAUUUGCAUUUGCCUUGAAGCAUCAUGUGAGGGGGGAGUAUGGGACUGAAUGGCCGGAUGUUAGGGCGAGAGUUGGGUUUUUACCUACGUUCGCCCGCCGCGGCCCCCCAUCCCAAGUCUCAGUCUCCCAAUCGCUCUACACCUCCAUGGAUCCCGAAAAAGGUCUCCCCGCUGUCCCUAAUAAACGCUUCUCCACUGCGUUAUGGCUUUCUAGUCUCUUCACUAAAGAAGAGGUUGCAAAACGUCAAAAAGAACAAGAACAUCAUAAUAUGUUGGUAGCACAUCAGAACCUCCCACUGGAGAUUCUAUCCUUCCUGGGUAGUUACGUGGAUCUAUUGAACUCAGAGAGGAAGCUUGAAGGCGGACUAGCGUGCACUUUGCAUACCGAACUCGGGGUUUUGAAUGAGAUUUUAGGGAAAUGCGAGGGAUUGAUGAGCGAAAAUAUGCCGCUGCCAUACACUGUCAUCAUCUCGCAAAUCAAGUGGCUCUUCAUGCUUGUUUUACCAUUCCAACUUCUCCAAGCUAUGAGCUGGAUCACAAUACCGGCAGUAGUAAUAAUCUCCUUCUCGCUCCUCGGCCUCUCCUCAGCUGCUAGUACCCUCUCGGCUCCUUUCUCUUCAACCCCUACUCCAACUUCCCUACCCCUCGACCAACUCUGCACUAACCUGUCUAUCGAAAUCGACACGAUUUGUUCUUCCAUGCAUUCACCAUCUUACUCCAAUUACGCCAUGUCCGGUAUGAUGGUGAUGGCUGGUGAAAAGGGAGGAGUAGGUUGGAUGUACCUGAAGGGUAACAAACCUCUUGCACCGCUCGUAAAGAAGGAUUUCGCGGAUUGUGUUAAGAACUUGAGUAUUUCUGAUAUUUUGGAAGUUAUGAGGAUGAAGGUUGAGAUUCCAGAGACUUGA